CUCUCUUAUUUAAUUCCAUUUUCCUUUUUUUUUUUUUUCUCUUUCAUUUCCUUCAAACAUAACAACAACGCCAAUAUUCACGUCGCCACUCUCGCCAAUCGCUUCGCAUUCAAUUAUUCUCCGAUCCCAACCAACAGAAUCUUUUAGUCGCUCUCCCUUUGCCUUUUCUCAUUUCCCUCUCAAACGCCGCUUCGCAGGUUCUUGAACUGAUCGCCGUUGUGCAUCGCGAUGAAUAACGAUUUCGUUUGGCUGCCGUCGCUGUAUUCGGAUCCCGAAGUGUUCACCUAUUUGGAGCCAUUCAUGCUCCGCAAUUCUGUGAGCUCGCGCUUCAUGCAUUCGCUGGCCAACAAUCCCGGAAGUUUCGCGAUCGGAGAAGCCUUCGGACACGUGUCGAGGUUCGCCGGCGCGUUUCUGGUGUGGCUCUCACGCGCGUCCACUUUCAAUGUGCCGUGUUCCCUGCGCGGCUCUCCUCCACGGUUUGGUAGUGCGCAGGUUAAGGCCGUGGCGACGAAUGUGAGUCUGUUUGGGUUUCCGUUUCGAUCGAAGAGGAAAUCGUUUGAGUCUGUCAAGUUAGGAAAGAUAUCGAGUUUCGCGAUGAAGAUGAUUUGGAGUGAAGCGAAGAGGCUUCGGUCGUUACCUAUUCUGUCGCUGGCUGCUGCGUUGGUUCCACCUUUUCAAAACUUGUCAUCGAAUGUUCUAGCUAGCCCAUUGCAGAGUCCUGAUAUGCAAAUGUAUGGAACCAUUGACCAAGUGCCCAGGGAGGUUGAAUGCCAAGGGUGUCCGUUCCUGUCCUAUCUCGAGUUGAACCAAUCCAAACCUGCAGUUGAGCCUAAAACUGGCAUUGAAUUUCCCUUGGUUCUAGACAAUAUAUUUGCUGGAGAGAAGGAUUUUGGCUUCAACUCUGAGGUCCUGGUUGGAACAGGAUCCAGAACCAUGACAAUUGUUAAAAUCAAGUCACUGAAAGUCUAUGCUUUUGGAGUUUAUAUUCAUCCGUACUCCCUCUGUAAGAAAUUGGGGCCAAAAUAUGCAUCAAUAUCUGCUGAUGAACUGAAUAACCAUCACGAAUUCUACCGGGAUCUUCUCAGGGAGGAUAUCAAUAUGACUGUUAGACUUGUUGUAAAUUGCAGGGGUAUGAAGAUUAACAGUGUGAGAAAUGCUUUUGAAAAAUCACUUCGAGCUCGUUUAGUAAAGACAAAUCCUUCCACGGACUUUCAUUGCCUAGAGACAUUUGGUUCAUACUUCGAAGAGAAUAUCUCAAUACCUUUGGGAACAGUAAUUGAGUUCAAACAAACAGUUGAUGGGCGUCUGAUCACUAAAAUUGGUGAAAAUCAGAUAGGAAGUGUCCACAGCAAAGAUUUGUGCCGGGCUUUCUUUGACAUGUACAUUGGAGAUGUUCCUGUGUGCGAAGAAACUAAAAAAGAGAUCGGCACGAACAUAGCGAGUAUCAUUAGGAGGUGCUAAAAAGAUUCGUUUUUUACCCAGUUGGUUGUCCUACUUUUAGAAAGGACAAUUGGACAUGGGUAAAUGGCAUAUACCCUUAACUUAUACUAGAAGCAGCGGUUUCAUGAAAUUGAUUUAAAUCGGCUUUAAAUAGUCAUUUGCAGGCAUUACUUCUCAAGGUUCGUCCUUUUCAAAUCAUAGAAUAGAAGUCUUUAGGAUAGCUUAAAUUUGGAUUGUCACGGAAAAUUCUCUGUUCCAAUUGAUUUUAUCAUUAUAUUCAUCGUCUAGAUGCCCUUAUCCCUCGUGUUAGAUGUACAGUCCUUUUAGAGAACGAAAGGAUAAUCUUUCUUCCCCUUUGCUCCAGCAAAUAAGUUGUCACCUUGCGUUCAACUAACAUUUCCCGUUUGACACAGUUGGGAAAUGUUGUACUUAGCAGCGAUUAGAUUCGGUUGACUUAGCACAAGGUUGAUUUUAUGGCUAUUUUUGGGCUGGAUAACGUGUUAUUGUUGAGGUGUAAUAUUUGAAUGAUUGUUGUUUUACUCGUUUUCACGAUUUCUGAUGAUUUGUCAUUAUACAUUACAAAUCAACCAAACCAAUCUUGAAAUGGAAUUGUUUGGAGUGGAGGAGAAGGUUGUUGCCAUUGCCAAACAAGAAUAGUAUAAAUUGUAAAGUCCCACAAUUGGCCAGAGAAUGAGUCACGUUAUUUGACUCCUUACCAGCAUGAAUGAACUCUCUUGAGUAGAUCAAGAAUUUGAUAUACAACAUGUGAGGUAAAGAUGUGGUGCAGGAAGCAAUUGCCAAAACAAGCUGGUUAUUAUGUGAAAGAGAAACCCAAUAGAUGGGUUGAGUUGAGUUGGGCCUUGAUUGAGCAUUGAAUAGGUUGAAAUAUGGUAGCCAACAGGCAGCGUGAAGACUGAAGCGUAGGUAACUUAACCAUUCAUUUACCUUUAGUUGAUUAUUCAAUUCCUUUGUACUAGACAAUGCAAAACCAAAACUUUUCACCUAUAGGUAAUAAUUAUAAUUUUCUUUGGUA